AUGUCAUUCUUUCACAAUGGGUCUGGCCAUGGCGACUUCGUCCUCGGCGCCUACUAUCCCGCGUGGAGUGUCUACAAUGGAGCAAAGCCUUCGGACCUGAGGCUCUCCCUGCUCACGCAUGUCUACUAUGCAUUUGCACGGUGAGCUACUCUGCUCAGGCUGUGGCAACAACUGGAUUCAGCACUGAUGAUGGGGGUUUCUUGUAGCGUCAAGGAGGAUGGCACUGUCUUUGUAAGAUCCUCGUGUAUCGCGUGCUCGACCAAGUUUGACAAUCGAUAGAGUCGCGAUCCUGCAGCAGACUUUGGCCUUGACGUUGCGGGAGCCAAGGGCUGUCUUGCGGCAUUUGUGAAGCUGAGGAGGGAGCAACAGCUGCAUUUCCGACUCAUCCUGUCCAUAGGAGGUGCAAGCGGCUCUUCGACCUUCGCAACCGUGGCUGCUGAUCGAUCCAAGACGCAACGCUUCUGUGAGACUGCACGUGCCUUUGUCGAACAGCAUGAGCUGGACGGCCUUGACAGUAAUGCGUCCCAAUAUCCCCUUUGGAAUGGCCCGUCUGACCGUUUCUCUAGUCGAUUGGGAACAUCCUUCUUCCCCAGAGCAGGGCCAAUCGUUCGCCACUCUCCUGACGGCGCUUCGUGUGCAUCUCCCCAGUCCGCGAUACACACUCACAGCAGCUCUCCCCGCGGCAGAAUGGUGUCUUCAGCACAUUGAUCUGGCCUUCCUACUCAACAAGCCCCUGAAAGCUGCUCCCAACACUGAACCCGUACUGGAUCAUCUGAACAUCAUGGCAUACGACUUCGCGGGACCUUGGACGAACGGACAAUCCGGCCACCACGCCCAGCUUUACACGCCCCCGAAACCCCACAAUCCUUACGCAAAGCGUUCCAUUGCCGCAGUGACCCAGUACCUCGUUCAGAAGCGAAAGUGUGAUCCGAGAAGAUUGGUGAUUGGUAUCCCGCUCUAUGGACGCUCUUUUCGCGGCGUUGAUGGUCCUGGACAGCACUUCACGGCUUGCGGAGGUGACAAAGACGGGACAUUUCGCUAUGCGGAUCUGCCUCUUCCUGGUAGCCGAGAGACCUUCGAUACGAAACUUGGAGCUGCAAGCUGCAUGUCGGCAGGUGGCGGUUGGGUCAGCUAUGAUUGCCCGGAGACUGUGAGGAUGAAGGGUAAAUUCGUGCGGGACCAUAGUCUUGGUGGUAUGUUCUUCUGGACCGCGGCGAAUGAUGCUAUCAGCGAUGAGAGGAGUCUGUUUGUUGCUGGAAAGUCGGCAAUGGGUAUGUGA